GUGCCCACGCCCCCACCUCAAAGCACUUUGUGCCUCGGCAGGGCCACGGAGCCCCUUGUCCCUUCCCAAGGGUGACCGUGGGAAUGUCAGGCGGGGGUGGAGCAGUGUCACCGGUGCUGGGGUGUCUCGUCAGGGAUGAAGCAGCCGAUGAGAGACGUGAGUCCCCCGCCACUGACGGAGCCUCUCACGGCUGGGGGAACUCUGUUUCACCAGCGAUGGAACACCUCGCGGGUAACGGAGCGCUGCCUCGCACGUGACGAAGCACCUCUCGAGGGACGGAAUCCCCUGCGAGUGGGUGAUGGAGCAUCCCAAGAGUGAUGGAGCAUCCCAAUAGUCAUGGAGCUUCUCUGGAGCACCGGGGGGCCGCCGCGCAGCUCCCGCAGCCACGGGCGUCCCCCCGCUCCCCCCGGCCGCUCUCCGCGGGGUGCAGCGAGGACCGGCCGCAUCCUCCCGGCCCUCCGCAUCCUCCUCCCGGCCCUCCGCAUCCUCCUCCUCCCGGCCCGCCGGGAGGAGCCGCUGACGCCAUCGCGGCGCGCCCGGCGCGGCCAUGGCGGCGGAGGCGGCGGUGGUGCGGGUGGCGGUGCGGGUGCGGCCGCUGCUGCCCCGGGAGGCGCUGCGGGGACACCGGCCCUGCCUGCGGAGCGAUGCCGCCACCGGCGAGGUGGCGCUGGGUCGCCGCCGGUUCCGCUUCGCCGCCGUGCUGCCCGAGGCGGCGGGGCAGGCGGCCGUGUACCGGGCCUGCGUCCAGCCGCUGCUGCGCGCCUUCUUCCGCGGCUUCAACGCCACCGUCUUCGCCUACGGACAGACCGGCUCCGGCAAGACCUACACCAUCGGGGAGGCCAGCGUCGCUUCCAUCAAUGAAGAUGAGCAGGGCAUCAUCCCACGAGCCAUGGCUGAGACCUUCAGGCUCAUUGAUGAGAAUGACCUGAUUGACUACACGGUCCGAGUGUCCUACCUGGAAGUGUACAAGGAGGAGUUUCGGGACUUGCUGCAGGUGGAUACAGCCAGCAAAGACAUCCAGAUCCGGGAGGAUGACAAGGGGAACAUUGUGCUCUGCGGGGUGAAGGAGUCAGAAGUGGAAGGGCUGGACGAGGUGCUGAGCCUGCUGGAGAUGGGGAACACAGCCAAGCACACGGGAGCCACCCACAUCAACAGGCAGUCGAGCCGCUCGCACACCAUCUUCACGGUGACCAUGGAGCAGCGGCGUGGCGCUGGCCGGCUGCCCCUGCACCACCACGCCCCCGCUGUGCCCGCCGCCGGACAGGUCCUGGUGUCCAAGUUUCAUUUCGUAGACCUGGCAGGCUCAGAGCGAAUUGUGAAGACGGGAAACACAGGGGAGAGGCUGAAGGAGAGUAUCCAGAUCAACUGCGGCCUCCUGGCCUUGGGCAAUGUCAUCAGUGCCUUGGGAGAUCCUCGGAGAAAGACCACCCACAUCCCAUACAGAGACUCCAAAAUCACCAGGAUCCUGAAAGACUCCCUGGGGGGGAAUGCCCAGACCGUGAUGAUAGCCUGUGUCAGCCCCUCAUCCUCUGACUUCGACGAGAGCCUCAACACGCUGAAUUACGCCAACCGGGCUCAGAACAUCCAGAACAGGGCGGUGGUGAACUGCCGCAAGGAGACGGAGCACAUCGAGGAGCUGCACCUGCAGAUAAAGAACCUGCAGAAGGCGCUGGAGCAGCGGCAGCGCUCCGAGACGCGCACCAUCCACCGCUCGGGCAGCGCCAAGCGCGGCGCGCCCGACGCCACGGCCCGGCUGCUGGCCGAGUGCGCCCAUUACCGCACCUGCACCGACGCCGCGUACCGGCUGCUCACGGAGCUCCAGGAGGACAGCAACCUGACCGUGGAGCAGAUCCUGCGCGUCAAGGAGUGGCUGUGCGCCGUGGAGAGCGAGAGGAGCGAGCUGACCUCGGCCGGGCUGGACAGCGGCAUUGAGAGCACCUCCAUGGACGACCAGGGACCGGAGGCACAAGGUUCAAAAGGGGCGAAAGGCCAGGUGAGCACUGAGAAGAAGUGUGAGUCCAUCAAAGAUGAGCAGGUGGCCAAGCUACAGAGGCAAGUGGAACGUCUGGAGGAGGAGAACCGUGAUUUCCUGGCUGCCCUGGAGGAUGCUAUGGAACAGUAUAAGCUGCAGAGUGACAAACUGCAGGAGCAGCAGGAUAAAAUCUCAGAGCUGCACGUGCGCUUGGAGAUGGCAAUGCCAAACCUGUGUGUGCCAGGACUGCUGGAAAAUCUUCACCUGGUCACUGCCAGCCAGAGACCUCACACAGCCCCACUGGAUGCUGCCCCGUCCCAUGGCUUUGGUGGGGUUCCCUCGGGGCUGCUUCCUGAGCAGAGUGGAAGAGCUCUUUGCAAGAAGAAGCUCAGCAGCAGCUCUUUGCAGAAGGAGGAGCUGGCAGGCUGGCACCCGAACCACGCACAGCACCCCACUGGUGAUCCCGAGGUCAGAGAGGUGGUGCUGAGGAGGGAGCUCAGCCAGGACUCAGAGAAGCCAUCAGAACUGUCCUCAGGAGAGGAGGUGGAGGAAUGGGAACAGAAGCAGUCCCUGUCCCAGUGCCGAAAUGGGAUCCAAAAUUUGAGCAAGAAAGAGAUUUUCAAGUUGGGUGAGGAGCCAAGUGGAGGCAAUGCCCACUCAAUUCAGGAGGAGCAGCUGGAGCUGUCAAAAGAGGUCUAUGAGAAGCGGGAGUCGCUGCUUGGUUCCUGGAAGCGCCUGCCAGGCAAGGACUCUGAGUGGAGGCUGGUGCAAGCACAGCAGAAGAUCCGAGAGCUGGCAAUCAACAUCCGCAUGAAGGAGGAGCUGAUCACGGAGCUCGUUAAGACAGGCAAGGAUGCCCAGGCUCUGAACAAGCAGUACAGCCAGAAGAUCAGUGAGCUGGAGCAGGAAGCAGAGCAGGUGCGGGCAGAGCUGAGCGACAGCCAGAAGCAGCUCCAGGAGCUGGAGGGCAAAGAGCCGUGGGACCCUGGGGAGAAGCGCAAGCUGCAGGAGUACCGCACACGCCUGGCGGCCGUGCGGAGCAAGGCACAGGUUCUGUGCAGGAAGAAGCAGGCGACGGAGAGGCUGGUGUCGCUGUCGGCGCAGAGCGAGAAGCGCGUGCAGGAGCUGGAGAGGAACAUCCAGCUGAUGCGGCGGCAGCAGGGGCAGCUGCAGCGGCGGCUGCGCGAGGAGAGCGAGCAGAAACGGCGGCUGGAGACAGAGGUGAACAAGGGACAGCACCGAGUCAAGGAACUGGAGCUGAAGCACGAGCAGCACCAGAAAAUCCUGCGCAUCAAAACAGAGGAAAUUGCGGCUUUCCAGAGGAAGCGGCGGAGUGGCAGCAAUGGUUCUGUGAUCAGCCUGGAGCAGCAGCAGAAAAUUGAGGAACAGAAGAAGUGGCUGGACAUGGAGAUGGAUAAAGUUCUCGAGCAGCGCCAGGCCCUGGAUGAGCUGGAAGAUGAGCUGAGGAAGCGGGAAGCUAUUGUGGCCAAAAAGGAAGCCCUGCUGCAGGAGAAGAAUGGCCUGGAGAGCAAACGGCUGCGCUCCAGCCAGGCCCUGACAGAUGACAUAGUGCGCGUGUCCAGCCGCCUGGAGCACCUGGAGAAGGAGCUGAGUGAGAAGAACGGGCAGCUGCGCCACGGCAGUGCCCACGACCAGCAGCAGAUCCGCCAGGAGAUCAACAGCCUGCGCCAGGAGAAGGACCAGCUGCUCAAACAGAGGCUGGAGCUCGACAACAAGCUGCGUCAGGGCACGCUGCUGUCCCCAGAGGAAGAACGGAUCUUGUUCCAGCUGGAUGAGGCAAUUGAGGCUCUGGAUGCAGCCAUUGAGUACAAGAACGAGUCCAUCACAUGCAGGCAGCGAGUCCUGCGGGCCUCGGCCAGCCUGCUGUCACAGUGUGAGAUGAACCUCAUGGCCAAGCUCAGCUACCUCUCCUCCUCUGAGACACGAGCUCUGCUCUGCAAGUACUUUGACAAGGUGGUGACACUGCGAGAGGAUCAGCACAGGCAGCACAUUGCCUUCUCAGAGCUGGAGAUGCAGCUGGAGGAGCAGCAGCAGCUGGUGUACUGGCUGGAGGCGGCCGUGGAGCGGCAGCGCCUGGAGAUGGACCGCCAGCUCACCCUGCAGCAGAAGGAGCACGAGCAGAACAUGCAGUUACUGCUGCAGCAGAGCCGUGAGCACAUGGAUGAGGGGCUGGCCAGCAGCAAGCUGCAGUAUGAGGCGAGGAUUCAAGUGCUGGAAAAGGAGCUGAGCCGUUACAUGUGGGCAAACCAGGAGCUGAACCAGAGACUGAGUAACAUGAACCUCCAUCCUGGACAGAACAAAGGGAUGGAGAGAAACAUUCAUGGGGACAGAGCUGCCCCGGAGCUUGGCACCUGUGAGGAAUUCAGCCUCAGGGAGCAGCAGCCCGUGCCUCCAGCUGAAGAGAGCCCUCGGGCCAGGGAUGAGAGCAGGGACCUGGUGCACGCCCCUUUGCCCUCGACGUGGAGGCGUUCCUCGCUGCCCAGCGACAGCCCCGGCGAGCCUCGGCAGCGGGACGCGGAGCACAGAGCGGGGCAGCCCCACGAGCCGCUCGCCCCUCGGAGCCUGGCUGCUGCUCCCAAAGCCCGGCGGGAGCUGCGCAGAGCCAGCCUCAGCGUCAGCCCCGUGCCUUACCACCCUGCCAUGAUAGACGUGAGGAAAAACCCGCUCUAGAGCCAGGCUUAACGCUGGCUGGCACAGGUGUUGCUGACCUGAGCUUGAGAGCCCUCCUGCCUCACACGGCAGCCUGGCUGCAGCCCUGUUACAUUUCAGAGGCCUGGGCAAGAGAAAGAUGUGACUUCUUGUCGUGAGGGAGUCGAGUGUGAAAGGUGUGGGAGCACCAGCCUACGUUCUCCAUGUUGCUGCCAGUCGAGGCAGCAGUGACAAGAAGCUUUUCCUCUGCUCCCUCAGCAGCUUGAACACUGUGAAGCAGGAGACACCUUGCUUCCAGGCCUCUUAACACUAAAAACUUGUUUACAAUGUGGAAUUCUCAGCUGAAGAGCUUGCUCAGCCCUGGCAGCCUCAGAGGGAAGUGCUCUGCAGUCCUGCAGAAUUUGUACAUACAUUUUUGUAGUAACUUUGGGUUUUUUACAUUUCUACUAUAACUUUUCUAAUAAAGCAGAGUGAGUUUUAUGAAA